ACAAAGCAAAGAGCUACAAGUCAGCUAACGCUAACGUUAGCUCAUCCUUCGUGAGUAAAAUACUUAUUGUAGCUGCAUUCCGUUAUAAUAUGAAACCCUGUUUUAUUUUAUGAUUGAGUACAGCUUUCAUUCGCGUGGUGACAGACUGACUUGUGCGCUGGGACUGAAAUUAAACGAGUUAACAAGAAACCGUUAUUGCUAGCUACAUUAGCUUUAGCUAACCUUAGGUAACGGGACACGGAUUUUGUGUUUCUGGAGAUGGAUGUUAUUUGAAAAAACUUUUAUUAACAACACAACCCCUUGGUACAUCAGUGCUGUGUACGCGGACUGUUUUUAUACGCUGCUAACGUCGCUGCUAUCAUGAGUUAGCUCGCUAUGUAGCCAAUAUAGGUUAAGAAUCGAUCAGCUGGCUAAACAGGGUCGGAUAGUGGUGUGACGCUUCUGGCUGGAUGACCACUUGAUCACAGUCAUCUGGACUCAGACUGCGAUGUUUAGCCUGAUGGCGAAUUGCUGCAACUGGCUGAAACGCUGGCGAGAGCCUGCAAGGAAAGUGACUCUGGUUAUGGUGGGACUAGAUAAUGCCGGGAAGACAGCCACAGUACGAGGAAUCCAAGGAGAUAAUCCCCAGGAUGUCGCUCCUACAGUGGGUUUUUCUAAGGUUGACUUGAAGCAGGGCAAAUUCGAGGUGACCAUCUUUGACCUGGGUGGUGGGAAGAGAAUCCGGGGCAUCUGGAAGAACUACUACUCAGAGUCACACGGCGUGGUGUUUGUGGUGGACUCCAGCGACGUCCAGAGGAUCCAAGAGACGCGGGAGACCAUGGCUGAGGUCCUCCAGCACCCGCGCAUCGCAGGGAAACCUGUGCUAGUGCUCGCCAACAAACAAGACCAAGAGGGAGCGCUGGCUGAAGCAGACAUCAUUGAGAACCUGUCGUUAGAGAAGCUUGUUAACGAGAACAAGUGUCUCUGUCAGAUCGAGCCAUGCUCUGCCGUUCUAGGCUACGGCAAAAAGGUGGACAAGUCCAUCAAGAAGGGCCUGAAGUGGCUCCUCAACAACAUUGCCAAAGACUACGAGGCCAUUACUGAGCGUGUGCAGAAGGACACAGCUGAGCAGCGCGCUCAGGAGGACCAGGACAAGAAGGAGAGGGCGGAGAGAGUGCGGCGGAUACGAGCGGAGAGAGAACGGCAAGAACGGGAAGAAGCAGAACGUGAGGGCAGGCAGAUUCAGGAAGAGGAGCUUGAUGAUGAAAACAUGCCCAGCCCCUUCCAGCCAAUCAGCAACGUGAUCUCUGAGAAUGAGGAUAAAGAAAAGGAGAGGAGGAGGCAAAGAGAGCUGCAGGAGACCAGGACCAACAGCCCGAAGACGGAUGCUGAUCAGGAGGAAGAGGAGUAUGAGGAAGAUGAAGAGCCAGACGACACAAGACAAACGCCGGAAAAUGCCAGCUCAGCCACAACAGGCGAGCAAGACAAAAAGAAGACGAGGAAGCUGCACCUGAAGAGGAAGCACAGGGUGGACCCGCUGAGGACAGAGGAGGGGCCAGCAGAGAGCCCCACCCCUCCACCUCCUCCAGUUGGAUGGGCCACACCAAAAGUUUCUAGACUGCCAAAACUAGAACCACUCGGGGACUCGAGACAUUCUGGUAAAGACGCUGUGAAGUCCAGUCAGUCUUCAUCCCUCUCACUUAACCACUGUUUGAUUUUAUUCAUUUCUCCCUUUUUGUUCUAAAGCCAUUCACUCUCACUAACCUGGUCUGUAUGUGGAUUCAUUUAUUCACCAACUGUCCUGGCGCUGAGUCAGUGUUUCCUCUGUGCUGUAAUGCGUUCUAGCACUUUUUUUCUUUGUUAUCUUUAUCAUAUAAAGUGAAACUACUCAGCAGCACUGCCUUAGUUUUUCUAAGGGUGAUACUUUAAAGCCUGGUGGAUUUUUAUAGUUUCACAGCAGUGGUGUUAAAUUCCUGGAUGUGGCGUUGCAGAGGAAACACUGAACUCUAUCUGGCUUAAAUGUGUGUUGACUGUUAAUUAGCAGCCCCGACCCACAUCACUGUCUCUCUCUCUCUCUCUGCAUCUCAUCAGGCAUAUGUUUGAAUGUGUGUGGAUCCUUCAUGCUGCCAGACGUCUUUAAUCAACUCAAAGGCUUGUCUGUGUAUUCAUCUAUAUUUUCCCUCCCAGUCGACAUAUCUCAUCUGCUUCUGUGCAGCAGCCGCCAUGGCUAAUUCUCUUUUUAUUUAUGCUGUUAUAGAUAGAGCUCUAAUUGACUGUGUUUUUAUUCCAGGACUCCACGGACGUAGUUCACUAACAUAGACAAACCUUGUUUUUCACCCCCUCCACAGAUUUUUUCAAGAAGCCUCUCCCGCCUCUUGCGAACAGGCCGCGGCCUAACGGCGACGCUCAUGACAUCAUUUUUUAACCUCCUUUUUACUGAUUGAGGUCGUCCAAUCAUGGCUCUCCCCUUUUUGCUUUCUGUCUCAAGUGAGCGGUGUGUAGACAACCAAACACAGAAACACUGCAGACGCGGGGAACCGGUGAGCGCCAGAGUGUGAGACACAGGGGCAACAUGGGAGAUGAAGUCCUGCUCGGAAGCUGUCAUGUGGUUUCACAAACUGACACAAUUCAGUGUGAAGCAUCGAACCUGCCUGAACUGACUUAAUGUCAGGUUCUGUCUUCACUCGACAAAAGCACGUUUAGUGCUGAACUCCUUCACUGUAGACUUUAUUUUUUAUUGUUAAUAUCAGUGUUAGACAGUAUGGACUCCCAUGUGUCCGACUGAGAUGCUUUUAAUUGACAAAGAAUGUAAAUAUGUCCGCUAUAACCUUAUAAAUGUUAAUGUCUAUUACUGAAUAAUGGAUUUGUAUACACGCCGCCAUUAAAAAUGACCAUAAAAUGUU